GAGGGCUGAAGCGUUGGUUCUGUUGCUUUCACUGAGAUGCUUUGGAGAAGCCAGAAGCCGCGAAAGCCCUCCCAAAUGGGACGGAAAACUCCACGCCAGCUUUAAGGCCGUCCCGAGAGACGGUUGGCAUCUCCCCCAACAGGGACGGCAACAGCCGUCGGGCUUACCUGUUAGUCUGUUACUUCCAGGCUCCAGCUGGUUUUGAGAAGAAGCAGAGUCCACAUCGUCAUUUCAAGGGGUGGAGCUGGAUCCCCCCAACCCAUGUUCGUAAAAAGUUCCAACUGAAGUUCAACUGCAGAUGGUAAAACACAAGUACCAAAUCCAGUCAUCCGGUUCCGGUCUUAAAUACCACCGACCAUUACAACAGUCCUAUUGCCAUCUGUCUCUCGGUUCUCCUUUCCUUCUCCUCCUCUUUCCUCCUUCCCUCCACUCUAGUCCAUAUACAAAUAAGCAGAGCGAGAGCGAUAUCAGAAGCAUCAAUACAGAAAAAUAAAAAUGGCAUCACUCGACGACUCCUCAAAAUCUGGAUCUGCGGCUGCUGCAACCAACUGCUGUGACACGACGCCGACAACUCCUCCACAAGGCCGCAAGGUAGCCUUGAUCACUGGUAUCACCGGCCAGGACGGUUCCUACCUUACCGAGUUCCUCCUCAACAAGGGCUACGAUGUCCACGGCCUGAUCCGUCGCUCCUCCAACUUCAACACCCAGCGUAUCAAUCACAUUUACAUCGAUCCCCACAAUGCCCACAAGGCCCGAAUGAAGCUGCAUUACGCUGACUUGACUGACGCCUCCUCUCUUCGCCGCUGGCUCGACACCAUCCUUCCCGACGAGGUCUACAACCUUGCUGCCCAGUCUCAUGUUGCCGUCUCCUUCGAGAUCCCCGACUACACUGCUGACGUCGUCGCCACUGGUGCCCUCCGCCUCCUGGAAGCCGUUCGAUCCCACAUCUCUGCCACUGGCCGCAACCACAUCCGCUACUACCAGGCUGGAUCCUCCGAAAUGUUCGGAUCUACGCCACCUCCUCAGUCGGAAUCCUCCCCAUUUCAUCCCCGAUCGCCCUACGCCGCGUCCAAGUGCGCUGCGCAUUGGUACACUGUCAAUUACAGGGAAGCCUAUGGCAUCUUCGCCUGUAACGGGAUUCUGUUCAAUCACGAAUCGCCCCGCCGUGGUGAGAAUUUCGUGACUCGGAAGAUAACUCGAGCAGUGGGUCGGAUCAAAGUUGGGCUGCAGAAUAAAUUAUUCUUGGGCAAUUUGCAAGCCUCGAGGGACUGGGGGUUUGCGGGAGAUUACGUGGAGGCAAUGUGGUUGAUGCUUCAGCAAGAGAAGCCGGACGACUACGUGGUGGCGACGGAGGAGUCUCAUACGGUGGAGGAGUUCCUGGAGGUGGCAUUUGGGUAUGUUGGAUUGAAGUGGAGAGAUCACGUGGUGAUCGAUAAGCGGUAUUUUAGGCCUGCGGAGGUGGACAACUUGAAAGGGGACUCGACCAAGGCGAGGCGUGUACUGGGGUGGAAGCCCAAGGUUGGAUUCGAGCAGUUGGUGAAGAUGAUGGUGGAUGAGGACAUCGAAUUGGCGAGGAGGGAGAAGGUGCUUGUUGAUGCUGGGUAUAUGGAUGCACAGCAGCAGCCUUGAUAUUGGAAUCAUGGGUUCGCCUUAGUUAUAAUAAGGUUUUGGGUUUUUUAUUCUGUUCAUUAGGGGUUAAUGCAAUUUAAGAUCCACAAGUUUUUGUCUUUCUUGGUAUUUAAUUUAAUGUAUUUUCGUCUUCUUUUACUUCAUGGUUGAUUGAUCUUCAUGGAUCCAAUAUAUUAAAUUCCAGUAAUUCGAUACAAUUUCCACUA